GGAUAGAUCGAUCUUUACCUGCAAGCAUUAGACAACAUCUCAAAUUAUGUCAAUUGCUGUUUACAUAUUCAUAAGUAUUCAUUGCUAUCCACCACUCUAUUCGGACGAUUGUCAACAUCCCUUAUUCAACCUUCCUAUCUGGUUUUAGCUUAAGACGAACGCUCCCAGUUCGCCAUGGCCUAUAAGAGACCUUCUGGAGGAGCUCUUGGCAAAGCAACUCCGGAUAUGCAUCAAAAAGUGGAGACCGAGCCUGCUAACACCAAAAAAACGCCAAAAGACCAAUAAUACAGGCAUCACUGUCGAAAAGUAUACCAUUGCCCCAGGUUAUUUUGGCCCUUAUUCAAAUGCGUCAAUCUCCCUGGUGCUUCCUCCUGGAUCUAACACGUUUGAAUGGCAUAAAUCACGACGAAGAGUACACACAGCUGUUGACAAUGUUUUAAUUGAAGAUCUCCAGAAGAUGCAGUUCGCCAGAAUUCUUGAAAGCCCCCAAAAAUCGGCGUUUGCUUCUCUGUCAUCAAUUUUAAAUGGCCGAUUACAACAAAGGUUCCUCGCACAGAAAAACGACGAGAUAUCUGAGAGGAAUAAAAAAUUGUUCGAAUCCGGAGGGGUCAGCUACUGCAGUCGAGCCAUCGAUGCGGAGAAAUCGAGAGAGAGAAAAGUGAUUCGUGAUGGUAUGGCAGGGUGGGAAUUCAAAACUUCUUCAUUUGCGAACCUUGAAUUAAGGCCCAAAAAAACCUGAGAUGGGGAAUAAGCAGUCCUUGAAGGAUCAUCUAUCAACGCUCUCAAAAUCUUGGGCGGGGCAUGGAAAUGGGUAUUCCAACUCUGGAUCUGCAAGUCCGUAGGAGGAUGUUGGUGGUUGUUGAAUUGUUCUUGCAUGUGGAAAGGGGGCGGGGCAGUUCAUUACUCUUUUCUCUUGAAAGAGGGAAAACAUAAGGGAUGGGAGAUAAGUGGAAGAGUAAGAUGAGAUCUUUCAGCAUAGCGAAUGUGAAAUUAGCGAAGUCUAUUAAAGGGGGUUUGAAUAUUAGUUUCAAGUUCUUUAGCAUGCGUGGUUAAUGAAUUAUGAUAACCGCUUAAUUUGGAAUGUUUUCAGGGGAAAGAUGAUGUAAUAAAUAAAAUCAGAGUAUCUAAUAAUCCGGACUAUAGUUUAAUAAUGAAGAUCCUCAAAUCUUCAAAUCAAUUAGAACAUUCAAAUCAUUUGAGAUA